UACAGGAACAACACUGCAGGCUCGGGUCUUACAGGAGGAGUAUGGCGGAUACUAACCAAUACCAUGUUUUCUUUGAGUUUCACAAUCUUGUCGAAGAGCAGGAGAAGAUAAUAGAAAGAUAUUUUCGUAUUCGACGCAAAUCGGGUGGAGGAGAGUGCGGACCACUGACCAGAGUGAAUGACAACGUCUACAGUAUAGCUUUCAAGUGCCAGGAAGAUCAGCAGGCAGUUCUUAAGAGGUCAGAGCACGAUGUGGAGCUUGAAGACGGUCCUGUUGUGUUGACUGUCCGAGCCAGCCUCGAACCCCGCACCGCCACAGCUCCAGCUAAGAGCCCACAGGCUAUCUCUGCCUCAACUCUUCCACCAAGUGGUGAAGAAGAAGAAGAAGAAUUAUACCUCGAUGUUGACCUCUGGGACCUCGAGGAUGAUCCCAAACAUGAUCAAGAGCUUGCUGCUAUGGCCUGCUCUUCUCUGUUAUAUGCAGAGGAGGGUAGGUCAGCGUCUGGUGAGGAAACCUUUCAACACCAAGGAUUAACUGAAGAUGUGCAGCAACAAGACCAGGUGUCUGCUACGAAGAGAUUAGUGGUGCUGGGGAAAACUGGAUCUGGAAAAAGCGCCCUGGCUAACACCAUAUUUGGAGAGCAUUUGUUCGAGACAUACUAUUCUGCCAACUCUGGAACACAUGAAUGUAAAGCAGUAACUAAAUGUGUCAAUGAAAGAACCAUUACGUUUAUUGACACCCCUGGUUUCUUUGACACAGAAGGGCCUGAAGGCAAUCUGACCUCAGAGAUAAUGAGGUGUAUCACAGAGUGCACUCCUGGGCCCCAUGCUUUUCUCAUUGUGCUCAAAGUGGAGAAAUACACAGAGCACGAGAAAGAGGUCAUUGAAAAGAUAUAUCAGUGUUUCUCUGAAGAGGCUCUAAAAUAUGCUGUGGUCGUCUUCACUCAUGGUGACCAGCUCCCAGAGGGAAUAACAAUUGAUAAAUUUGUGAGUCAGAAUAAGGAUCUGGACGAGUUGGUGAAGAAAUGUGGUGGCCGAUGUCAUGUCGUUGAUAAUAAAUACUGGAAAGAUGACAAAGAGGGUGACUACAGGAGCAACCGUUACCAAGUGGCAGAGCUACUCAAGACAAUAGACAAGAUAGCUGAGGAAAACGAUAGAGAGUACUUCACCAAUGACAUGCUAGGAGACGUAAAGCGACAAAUAGAGACAGAAGAAGAGAACAUUAGACAGUCAGCUGGAUGUGAAAUGUCAGAGGAAGAGAUUACAAAGACAGCUAAAACCAGUGUGUUUGAGAAUUUACUGACCAGAUAUGGUGGUGUUUCAUCAGGUGUGCUGUUAGGAGCCUUCCUGAGUGUUGCAGGGAUGGUAAUGUCAAGACGUAUCUAGAGGCUUUCAGAGUCAGCACCACCACCAUCAACAGGUGGAGGAACAGCAGCAGAAAGAGUUUUUGUCAUAGUAACUGUGGUGGAACACAUAUUGUUACCUUUACUAAAGUGGUGAGUAUGAAACUGGUCUAUAACGUCUCAGGUAGU